CCUCUCUCCAGCUUUGAUUUCCCACGAGGCAGAGAACGGCUUUGGCGUGCUCCGACGAAGAACUCGUUUGCCACUCCCGAGGGAGCAGGAAUCCUGCUCCGGAGCGCGCUCGGAGCGCGUUCCCGACGCCUGGUGCUGGUGGGAGAGAGCGAGAGUGAGAAGAGGUGGUGGCUUCUGGUAGUGCCUUUUUUUUUUUUUUUUGGUAAAGGAAGUGAAAAGGGUUGAAAAGUUGGGUUGCAAAGAAAAGUGCAAAGGGGGAAGCGAAGCUCGAGAAAACAAACCGGGCACGAUUGCCAAGGCGGUUGGAGAAAACAAAAAUAAAAAACAAAAAAUCUCCACCCACCUUCCUUCCUUCUCUUCCCCGGACGAAAUUAUGAGCUGGGAUUUGCAAUGAAAAAACCAUGGGGCCCAUUCCCAGCCCCUGCUGGUUUUGCAUGGGGUUCUUCUUGGUUUCGGUCUGGCCAGGAGUUGUUUGGAGCACGGAAGUCUGCACAGGGACCGACAUGAAGCUGCAGCAUCCCUCCAGCCCAGAAAACCACCACGCCACCCUCCGCCACCUCUAUGAGAACUGUCAAGUUGUGCAAGGCAACCUGGAGAUCACUUAUCUGCCCGCAGAUGUGGACACGUCCUUUCUCAAGGACAUCAGAGAGGUCCAGGGAUAUGUGCUGAUUGCCAAGAACCACGUGCGCCACUUGCAGCUGGAAAGCCUCCUGAUCAUCCGUGGGACCCAGCUGUACGAGGAAAAGUAUGCCCUGGCUGUCCUUAACAACACCGACCCCAGCGGGGAUGUGGGGCUGCAGGAGCUGGGAAUGUUGGAUCUGACAGAGAUCUUGAAGGGUGGUGUGAUUGUAGACGAAAACCCCCAGCUGUGCUUCCAGGAGACAAUCCACUGGGGGGCCAUUUUCCACAAACACAACCAGCAGAACUACACGGAGAUCAGCAGCCGCCGCCGUCGGAUCUGCCCCGACUGCCAAAGAAUAUGCCUCAAUGGCCACUGCUGGGGAGAAGGAAAAGGGAGCUGUCAAACAUUGACAAGCACAGUCUGCGCCAGCAGCUGUGCAAGGUGUAAGGGGAGACACCCAACGGACUGUUGCCACGAGCAGUGUGCAGCCGGCUGCACGGGACCCAAACACUCCGACUGCCUGGCCUGCCUGCACUUCAACCACAGCGGGAUUUGCGAACUGCAUUGCCCGCUUCUCUUCAACUACAAUCCAGACACUUACGAGCACCUGCCCAAUCCAAAUGGACGGUACACUUUUGGAGCAACUUGUGUUGCUGAAUGCCCUUAUAACUACUUGGCUGCAGAGGUUGGGUCCUGUACUUUGGUGUGCCCUCAGACCAGUCAGGAGGUGAGCGUGGGCACCGUGCAAAAGUGCGAGAAGUGCAACAAGCCGUGUCCCAAAGUCUGCUACGGUUUGGGGAUGGAUUUCCUGAAAGGGGUCCGUGCCAUCAAUGCCUCCAACAUCCACCACUUUGCCGGCUGCACCAAGAUCUUCGGCAGCUUAGCCUUUCUGCCAGAGACUUUUGCAGGGGAUCCUGCCUCUGAUACUCCGCCCCUUGAUCCCAAGCAGCUUAAAGUCUUUGAGAACCUGAAGGAUCUAACAGGCUUCCUCUAUAUUGAAUCCUGGCCGGAGUCUCUUGUGGAUUUAAACCCUUUCCAGAACCUUCAAGUGAUCCGGGGACGAGCCCUUUACAACGGAGUCUAUUCUCUAACAUUGCAAAACCUCAACAUCUCCUCCUUCGGCCUGCGUUCGCUGCAAGAGAUCAGCAGUGGAAUGGUUCUGAUUCACCACAACCCCAACCUUUGCUUCAUCCAGAACGUUCCUUGGGAAGCCAUCUUCAAGAACCCUCGGCAGACCUUGUUCCAGAAUGACAACAACCCCGAGUGUAUACACGAAGACCAGAGUUGCUCCCCCCUCUGCUCCAAGGGGCACUGCUGGGGACCUGGGGGGACUCAGUGCAUGUCCUGCAUCGGGUUUCUGCGUGGGAACGAAUGUGUUAAAAACUGCAGCCUUCUGGAUGGAGAGUUCCGGGAAUACGUCAACGGGACGCGGUGCCUUCCAUGCCAUUCCGAGUGUUUGCCCCAAAACGGGACAGAGUCCUGCAAUGGAUCGGACGCAGACCAGUGUGUGGCUUGUGCCCAUUACAAAGAUGGCCCCUACUGCGUGGAGCAGUGUCCCAGCGGCGUGAAGGUGGACGUUUCGUUUGUACCCAUCUGGAAGUAUCCCGAUGGGGAAGGCAUGUGUCAGAUCUGCCCGACCAACUGCACCCACUCGUGA